UCUCCCACACCAUUGGUUGCGCCUCUCGACCCUCUCCACAACCCUUUUCUGCCCUUCCUUCUCCUUCCAUUCUUUCUCCGAUUUCCCAAUUCUCUCCUCCAUCUCCCCCCUGCCCUUUCCCCGCCAUUUUCAAAUUCUAUUCUGCGUCUUGUUCUUGUCCCCCGUUCCAUUCCCUGGAACCCCAACCUUUUCCGGUUAUCGUCCAUCUCCGGGGCUGGAUCGAUUUCGACAAAAUCAAUCUUGAUGUGAGAACCAGAAGAAGAUUUGAUUGGUUUUCCUGCACUCUGCGGGUUUAGUAGUGUAAAGAAUGGCAAACCACGAGGUGAUGCUCGGAGGACAGAACAAUGGCGGCAGCGGCAGCGCUGGCGGCGGAUCGCUUGGUCAUAACCAGCCGGUGGUGCUAAACCACAAUCAGAGCAUGGCUAUGGGUCAAAACCACGGUCUAGGUAUGGGACCGGCGCACGAUCAGGAAGCCAGGAUGGGUCAGAUUCACGACGAGCAUGAGGAUGAUGGGAAUGAAUAUGAGCAAGAGAAUGGCUUAUCAAUUGAGGAAAAGCCCGAGCAUGAAGUCCAAGACGUGCAUUUACAUGGAGGCAGCAGCGGCUUAGAGAUGUCCGAUCACAAUGAGCUGACUGAUUCACACGAACUCGACGAGAAUAUGGAAUUGGCAGUGAUCCAGCACGAGGAUAUGACUAUGGACUCUAUGCACGAUAUGAAUCUUCACCAGGCUUUGGUGGUGACUUCUCCGGUUAUUCAACAGCGCACUCUUGCAGCGAGCUCCAACUACGAGCUUCACGUCGGCCAAGAAUUCCCGGACGUGAAAGCCUGCCGGAGGGCUCUGAGAGAUACGGCUAUUGCUCUCCACUUUGAAAUGCAGACUAUAAAAUCGGAUAAAACUCGGUUUACUGCCAAGUGCGCAAGUGAAGGAUGCCCCUGGCGCAUCCACGCUGCAAAGCUUCCCGGUAGCCCUCUUUUCACAAUCAGGACGAUCAACGACAGCCAUACCUGCGGCGGGAUCUCGCAUCUUGGGCAUCAGCAGGCCUCUGUUCAAUGGGUCGCCAAUUCUGUCGAGCAGCGCCUCCGGGAGAAUCCCAAUUACAAGCCGAAGGAGAUUUUAGAAGAAAUUCACAGAGUUCAUGGCAUCACCCUUUCGUACAAACAAGCCUGGCGUGGAAAGGAAAGAAUUAUGGCUGCAAUGCGCGGAUCAUUCGAAGAAGGCUAUCGUCUUCUCCCGCAAUACUGCGAGCAAGUACAACGGACUAACCCCGGAAGUAUUGCGUCGGUUUACGGAAACCCUGCCGACCACUGCUUCCAACGGCUAUUCAUUUCGUUCCAGGCGAGCAUUUACGGGUUUCUAAAUGCUUGCCGCCCUCUUCUCGGGCUGGACCGAACGUUUUUGAAGAGUAAAUACCUCGGCACGUUGCUUCUAGCCACGGGGUUCGAUGCAGAUGGCGGGCUUUUCCCUUUGGCCUUUGGCGUCGUUGAUGAGGAAAACGACGAUAACUGGAUGUGGUUCCUCUCGGAGCUUCAUAACCUUUUAGAGGUGAAUACGGAGAACAUGCCGAGGCUCACCAUAUUGUCGGAUAGGCAGAAAGGCAUCGUCGAUGGCGUCGAUGCCAAUUUCCCCACAGCCUUCCAUGGUUUCUGCAUGCGGCAUUUGAGCGAAAGCUUUCGCAAAGAGUUUAGCAACGCGAUGCUCGUUAACCUUUUGUGGGAUGCCGCUCAUGCCCUCACCGUCAUAGAAUUUGAAGCCAAAAUCCUGGAGAUCGAAGAGAUAUCUCAAGAUGCGGCGUACUGGAUUCGGCGCGUUCCGCCGCGUUUAUGGGCAACGGCUUAUUUCGAAGGGACGAGGUUCGGGCAUUUGACGGCCAACAUUGUUGAGUCGCUCAACACUUGGAUUUUGGAAGCCUCGGGUCUCCCGAUAAUCCAGAUGAUGGAAUGCAUUCGAAGGCAGCUGAUGACUUGGUUCAACGAGCGCCGGGAGACGAGCAUGCAGUGGACGUCCAUUCUCGUCCCGUCCGCCGAGCGACGAGUCGCCGAGGCUCUUGAGCGGGCACGUACGUACCAGGUUCUACGCGCCAAUGAGGCCGAGUUCGAGGUGAUAUCCCACGAAGGGACAAAUAUCGUCGACAUCAGGAACCGGUGCUGCCUCUGUCGGGGAUGGCAGCUGUACGGUUUGCCGUGUGCGCACGCCGUCGCCGCGCUGCUCUCUUGCAGGCAGAACGUUCAUCGAUUCACCGAGAGCUGUUUUACCGUCGCCACUUAUCGAAAGACGUACUCGCAGACGAUACAUCCUAUUCCGGACAAGACACUGUGGAAAGAACUGUCGGAAGGAGAUCCCGAUGCCGGAAAAGCUAUCGAAAUGAUCAUCAAUCCUCCGAAAUCACUACGCCCCCCAGGGCGGCCGAGGAAGAAGCGCGUUCGAGCGGAAGAUCGGGGACGGGUGAAGAGAGUUGUACAUUGUAGCCGUUGCAAUCAGACGGGCCACUUUAGGACAACAUGUGCAGCGCCGAUAUGAAUGCUCGGUUCUGGUUAGUCUCGACUCGACGAAAAUUAAGCUAAGCCUUCCCUUUCUUGUGCAGAUAUUUCUUAGAGGUGUUUGUUGUUGAAAGAAUACAUGGUUACUUGAGUUUGUUGAUGUGAGUGUUGUUCUAUUCGAUCGAUAAUUUAAGUUUCGCAUGCAUUUGUCUAAUAUCCGUCUGUCCAUCCGUUCGUCUUAUUCAGCUCUCAGAUUUUUAUGCGGUGUAAUGAAGGAACCAUCUCUUGAAAUAAUUAUGCCAGAUUGUUUUA